CGUGCUUGCUGAAUGUGUGGUUCACAAUUUUUCACGGCUUAUUUUGCUAUCUCAUUUGCUAAUUCGCGGUCACGAAAUUGCGAGUGAAAAUGAGCUCGUGUUGUAAAAUGGAUUGAGUGAGUUGACGUGAUACGCGACUGGGCGACUGACGCAUCGAUCAUGUUGUAAACAUCGGUUAUUCCUGACCGUGUGCGGGCGAAUAUCAAGAAGGAAAUUCUGGGGUAAAUCAUCUCGGCAAUAUAUUACAUCAUUAUUUUAUGAAAUUUUGGGCGUUAAUGCUCAUAAUAUAUCGAUGAGAUAUGCGGCAUCAUCAGGUUAGACCAAAUCCUCCGCGAAUCUACCUGCUUGAUUCAUCUAUCGCUACAAACUACUAUAUCUGCGCUCAUCCGAGAAAUGUCCGCGGUAGAGGCAACACCGUUCAUCCGCACCAUCGAGUGGGACAUGAUGGACAAAACCAAGUUCUUUCCGCUCAGCAUGCUGUCCUCGUUCUCGGUCAGAUGCUGUCUGUAUCCUCUGACAGUGAUCAAGACUCGGCUUCAAGUGCAGAGGCAAAAUCACAUGUACAACGGUAUGAUAGACGCGUGUAGAAAAAUUUACAAAGUCGAAGGCGUCACGGGCCUUUACAGAGGCUUCUGGAUAAGCUCCAUUCAAAUUGUUUCCGGAGUGUUUUAUGUAUCGACAUAUGAGGGUGUACGUCAUCUGCUCACGCAGGAUACACCCCUCGGACGUGUUGACUCGAAGGUUAAAGCUUUGAUCGCUGGUGGUGCUGCGAGUUUAGUCGGACAAACGAUCGUCGUUCCCUUCGAUGUUCUCAGUCAACAUUUAAUGGUUCUCGGGAUCAAUAGCACUAAACACGGCAGAGUAUACGUGGAUAAGAUGGGAAUGAAUCCGUUGGGUUUGACCCUCGAACCUGGAAAAACUCGUGCACAAAUCUCCGCCGAAAUAAUAAAAUUGAUCUAUCAGAGGGAUGGUUAUCGCGGUUUCUACCGAGGAUACAUCGCGUCUUUAUGCGCGUAUGUACCUAACAGCGCCCUUUGGUGGGGAUUGUACACAGUUUAUCAGGACGAGCUUAUAAAGGUACUUCCGGGAUGGUUUUCGCAUCUAUGUAUUCAGGCGGUGGCGGGCACACUAGGAGGCUUUACGACCACGAUUAUUACGAACCCCCUGGAUAUCGUGAGAGCAAGAUUGCAGGUGCAACGAUUAGACAGUAUGCUUAGUGCGUUUAGGAUACUAUGGAUCGAGGAAGGACUACUUAUGUUCACCAAAGGACUUUCCGCGAGACUUGUGCAAUCCGCGUGCUUCAGUUUUUCAAUAAUCCUAGGAUACGAGACCAUCAAGAGAGUGAGCAUAACCGAGGAGUACAAGAGUUACAUCCGGUGGUGAGCUCCAGAGUUACUAUUACGAUUAAUUUUACACAAACUGGACGGAAUGGCGUACAUUCCAUCCACAAUUUUUUAUACAACCGCGAUGCGCCCAAUCAAUAUGUCAUCAAUAUCACUUUCUACGCAUCAAAAAAAAAGUUUGGUCAUAAAUCAAUUAGCAAAUUCACUAUACCAUAAUAAAAAUAUCCUGUAGAGAGUGAGAUUCUCGCGUAAAAAAAAAAAAAAGAAUUAUUUUUUCUAUGCAGGGCUAUGCAGUAAAAAAAAUCAUGUUCUUUAUAUCAUUAAAUUACAGUAUGUUUUAUAUAGCGAUCAAAAAAGUUAUAUCUUUCGUUAUAUUUGAAUAAAUAAAAUUGGUCAUGUGCGUGCUUUUCGCCCAAAUUCACGCACUGCAAUUUAACAUUAUAGUCACAAAAAAAAAAUAGAAAAUUCGAAAAAAGAUACUUUGUUGUACAUGAAACGAUGGCUUCGAAUUCUAACAGAACUCUAUGAAAUAGUGACAACUAGGUGAAUUAUUUAUGUAAAUGUAAUGAUGCGCAUUUUGUACGCUACCGUUAUGUGUCAGAUGGAGUACAAAACUUUGUAACAUAUAUUAGAUAUGUUACUGUGAUAUAAAUAUAAUAAAUAUGCUCCCAUUCGUGUUUUAAAGACGGCUUGUAUAUAUUAGAUACGUGCUCACGUUGAGAGAGAUGUGUUAAUGAUAAAAUGAUAUAUAGAUACACACAGAAUCCUAGUCAAAUAUAGGCAUGUAAUGUGUACGCACGUAUAUAUGCCGGCCGUCCUUAAGAUACAAAUUUAGAAUGUAAUAUCUGAAUUAAAUGGAUUACUAGCUCAGAGAGAUGAAAUAUCGAUAUAUCAUAUACUUGUAUUGUAAAGAAACUCAAGAAACAAGAUUAUUUAAUACCGCUAUCCAUAUACUGUUUAUGUACAUACGGAAAGAUUGAAAUCCCUGAUAAAUCUUAAGAGGAUAUGAAUAAAUUUUAUCAUCUACAUUAUAAA